CACACUAUAAAAGAUUGUACGCCCCAAGAGCGGGCAGAGAACUUACUUUGUGUAUCCUGUACGCAUAGCUGAACUUCUCUCCAUGCUGCAUGUAAUAAACUGGGUGACUUAGCAACUCAACAGAUUCUGAAAGUCUCUUUUAUUUGCUCUCGUCCCAAGGUUCGGAGGGUUUCCUCUUUCUGCUGAUUUUCUGCAGGCCCAGUUCUACCACAAUUACAUGGCGACGAGGAUGGGAUUCCUAACAUCAACCGGGUAGUUUCCUCCGAAACAACUUCUCCACCCAAAUCAACUGAGGAAUAGCCUCAGCAGGCUGCCCCUACCCAACCCUCCUCUCUCCCACAGACACAGUUUUUAUCUCCAGCUCCCACACAGUGGCCAGUUUAUCACCCCUUUCCAGCAGCUCAAGGAACCAACCCCUUUCACAGUCGAGAGGAGCUCUUCCUAGAGGAGGGGGCGGAGGUAGAGGCAUGAAUAGACAGCAAAUGGGUCCCCCUGGUGGACCAUUCCUGCACCCACAAUAGGCCAGCGAGGCUCCACACCAAGGCUCACAGGGAAGUAAGCCACCCACACUUACACAAACACUAAUUCCCCUUUUAUUAGCUCCUCUUUCUGUUUCUCCAGAUCCGAAGGCAGUGAUGGAAAUAAACAGGACCUCAACUGAGAUGCUAGUAGACACUGGGGCUACUGUUUCUACCCUGACUCCCUCUGAUGCAGCUGCUGCUAAUGUUGCACCCUCCACAGAAACCCUAAGUACCAUAGGAGUGGCUGGAAUUACGCAACAAAAUUAUGUCUCACAACCUGCUCUAGUGUCUUUUCAGGGUCAAAAUCUGGAGCACUCUUUUCUACUUAUGGGCGACAACUCACCAGUAAGUUUAAUGGGAAGAGAUUUAUUAGGUAAGUUAAAAGCCACUUUGGUAUGCCAUGCUAAUUCUGUUGAAUUACAGCUCCCUCCAACUUCCCAGAUGUCCAUGACAGUUAACCAGCCUGGACUUUUCUACAGCCUAAUGUAUAAUGACUUUCAGUCAGAUAUUAUUAUAAGAAGCAUGGUGCCUUUUACAUUUGAUCUAUUGCAGGAGUUUCUCUCAGACAGCCCAGACCUCCCUGAUGUUUCCUCAGCUUGUGUCCCUCCACACCGCAUGCACUGGACUUUGCACGUUGACCCUACAGGACGAGACCUUGAGUAUUUCCAUCAUUUUUCUCCCUUCUUACGACAGGCCUGUAGUGUUUUUGCGUGCACCAUUUUGUUGUGUAAGCAGGGGGGUGCCCUAUUGACACAUCAAUUGGGCCCAGUAGCCUCCAGCUUGUUCCAGCAACCUGACUCCGCCCCACACCUGACUCUCUACACCUGUGAAGGUUACGAGCCUAAAGACUUAGGUCCCAUAGCAAAGACCUUACAGACUCUGACUCCAACCAUCUCACAUUUGUACCAAGGAAUGGUGUACUCCCACUAUGAGGGCGUGGCAUGGACAGUGACAGUAGAUGACUCAUGGUUAGCUGAUGACGAAGAUCCUGUAUGCACCAUUUCACCUUUUAAGACCACUGACAUGUCUCACCCUCUUUCUCUGUUCUCAGUUUCUGUUCCUCCUCAGUCCCCUGCCACAGCGGGAGUCCCAGACACAUUGUGGUCUCAGUACUCUAAUGAGUGUGGCCUAAUGUUGUCUCACCCUCCUGUGUCAAUUCCUGUAAAAUCAGGUCCUGCUCCCAGAAAACAGCAGUACCCCCUCUCACAGGCCUCUCUGGAAGGCAUUAAGCCUGUCAUCGCUACCCUUUUAGACCAAGGAGUUUUGGUGCCGUGUCAGAGCCCCUGUAACACCCCUAUUCUACCCGUUAAGAAACCUAACUCCCCUGACUGGCGGUUUGUUCAAGAUCUCCGCCUGAUUAAUGACUAUGUGGCUCCCAUGACUCCUGUAGUACCCAGCCCCACCACCAUCCUAACCUCUAUUCCUGCUUCUACUCAGUGGUACUCUGUUGUUGACCUCUGUUCUGCUUUUUUCAGCAUCCCUGUCUCCCCAGAGUCCCAGUACCUGUUUGCUUUCACCUACGGUGGGCAUCAGUACACGUGGACUCGCCUCCCACAAGGUUUUAUUCACAGCCCCACUCUUUUUGCCCGAGCCCUUCUUACAGAUCUAGCUGAUGUACAACUCCCUGGAGGCAGUGCCUUGAUCCAGUACGUGGACGACCUGUUGGUAGCCAGCCCCACCAAAGAGGCAUGCGAAACGGACACAAGAGCUCUGUUGUUGUCAUUGGCUGAGAAGGGACACAAGGCCAGCGCCACGAAAGCCCAGCUGGUGCAACAAGAAGUGAUCUACCUGGGCCAUGUUCUCAAAGGUAACACCCGCCAAGUCAGUAGUAAACGUGUUUCUGCUGUUUUGAACAUUCCAAAACCCCACACCAAGAAGCAGCUGAAGUCGUUCCUAGGCAUCCUCGGGUACUCCAGACCAUGGAUCAUGGACUUUGCCCCUCGAGCCAGGCCCCUUCAAGACAUGCUCCUGCAGGCAGCUCCUGAGCACCUCCAAUGGACGGAGGAUGCAGAGACAGCGUUCACUGACUUAAAACAAGCACUUUCACAGGCCCCGGCGCUGGGUCUCCCUGAUUACAGCAAACCUUUCCAGCUGUACGUUCACGAACGCAAUGGGUUUGCCUCUGGUGUUCUCACUCAACAACAUGGCUCUAACAAACGCCCAGUAGGUUACUAUUCCACUCGCCUUGACAACACUGAGCUGGGUUUGCCCCCGUGUCUCCGAGCUGUGGCGGCUGCUGCUUUCAUGGUAAGAACCGUGUCUGACCUGGUAUUGGACUCUCAGUGUAAACUUUAUGUUCCCCAUGCAGUGAGUGCUCUGCUUACCAGAGCCAGCACACAACACCUUUCCGCAGCCAGACAGAGUCAUUAUGAAUUGUUGCUGCUGUCUAUGCCUAAUCUUACUAUUCACAGAUCUCCAACUCUCGAUCCCUCUUCUCUCCUUCCUACUGCUGCUGACGGUGAGCCCCAUGACUGCCAGGCGACGGUAACAAUGACCUACACCAUUCGUGAAGAUCUCUUUGACACCCCUUUGUCUAACCCUGACCUUACCCUGUUCACUGACGGCAGCUCUUCUAGAAACCUGCAGGGCACCCUUGAUUCAGGUUGGGCUGUAGUUUCUCCCACUGGCACCAUUCUUACAGGUAAACUUCCAGACCACUUCUCUGCUCAACAGGCGGAGCUAGUGGCUCUCACUCAGGCAUGUAUCUAUGCAAAGAAUAAAUCUGUUAACAUCUACACUGACUCUCGGUAUGCUUUAGGUGUCUGCCUUGAUUUUGGUGGAAUCUGGAGACAUCGUGAUUUCUUAACAUCUGCAGGCACCCCUAUUAAAAAUGCUUCCCUAGUAGAGGCUCUCCUAAAAGCUCUCCUUCUUCCUUCUAAAGUUGCUAUUCUCAAAUGUGACGCCCAUACAUCUUCCAAAGAUCCUGUGAGCCUCGGUAACGCAAGAGCUGAUACUGCAGCAAAAGCCGCUGCGGUGUCAGGAGCCCUCGCUCCCGUGUUGGCGACCUCAAUACUGGUUUCUCCCAGCCCGGAUCCCUCCGUCCAUGACGUAGCUGCCUUACAGUUAGCUGCCGAACCCUUGGAACGAUCUCACUGGCAGACAAAAUGUGUUCUUGUAAAUAAUGUAUAUUACUCUGUCGACGGGCGCCCGUGUUGCCCUCAGUCGCUCCUCCCCUACCUCUUACAGACUGUUCACGGUGUAGCACACGUGAACAAAGGGGGGAUGGAAGCGAUAAUUAGACGUGUAUGGUAUGCAAAUAAUGUAUCCCAGGCAUGUGCUGAUUUUGUACAAAGAUGUGCCAUUUGCCAACAACACAACGUUGGAAAGACAACAAAAGUGAAACAAGGUGCUCAUCCUGCUCCACCAGGACCAUUUUCAAAUUUACAGAUUGAUUUUAUCCAAAUGCCAAAACACGGACGGUUUCAAUACGUCCUGGUCAUGGUGGACACAUUCUCAGGAUGGCCCGAAGCUUUUCCUACUGCAAAAGCAGACACAACAGCAGUAUCAAAAGCCUUACUCAAAGAGCUCAUUCCAAGGUUUGGUAUCCCAGUAUCCAUUAAUAGUGACAGAGGGACUCAUUUUACUGGACAAAUAGUGCAAGAUGUUGUUACAGCACUAGGAAUCAAACACCACCUGCACACACCUUACCAUCCACAAAGUGCAGGGAAAGUUGAAAGGUUGAACCAGACUCUGAAACUCAAACUAGCUAAAAUAUGUGCACAGACACAACUUAGCUGGCCGGAGGCUCUUCCUCUGGCCCUGAUGAGUAUCAGAGCUACUACUAGCAGACGUAAUCAUUUAUCUCCAUAUGAGGUGAUUACAGGACGAGCCAUGAGCACCCCAGGAUCUCUGGGCACUAUGAUAGUGCCUCAAGAAAUGGCCCUGAGACAUGAUAGUGUACUAAACUAUUGCAAAGCGUUGCACUAUGCCUUCUCAUCCAUUCACAAACAGGUUCGUGAAGGACAACCACAACCCCUGAACGAACCAGGACAUCCACUGCAACCAGGUGACUACGUGGUUAUAAAGAUCCACCAAAGGAAGACUGCACUGCAGCCCCGGUGGACCAAACCUUAUCAGGUUCUACUCGUCACAAACACCGCAGUAAAGGUCGAAGGUCGACCUACAUGGAUCCACGCAUCCCACUGUAAGAAGGUAACACCACCUGCUGCAACGGCUGACAAGACAGCAUUAGAGCGUUGAGGAAUUAGUCGACAGGAGUGUACGACGUGCUCUGCUCCUACAGCAGGCAACAUGGCUCCAACUCCAACCCUCCUGCCAUUGACUGAGAGGCAGCCACGCGGUCAGAAGAGAGACAGGCCCAGACCAUGGCAUCCUUUUAGAAAUCAUAAAGGCCUGUGUGGCCUCCGAGGCACGACAUGUAUCCUCCUAAUUUUUGCUAGCAUUGUGCUAGCACCUUGGUUAUGGUAUCAGCUGCAAGAAACUAACACUAAAUCUGUAACCACUCCCACUAAACCCUCUCUCACCAACUCUACAGCACCCGAUGUUAACACCACCUUUUCUCCACAGCAACAACCACGUGAAAGACGGUCUGUAUCCUCUACCACUGUCUCUUGUCUCACACCUUCUCCCAAACAAACUCAUAAGACCAUUCCUCAGAUUUUCCUUCCUAGAAAUCAGCAUUGAUGAGCAAUUUGUUUGGUAAAUGGAAAGGUCUAAUUAUGUCUGUCCUACUUUCAAUUGCAGUCAUGGCUGCAAUUCUCAUUCUCUGUGGUUGUUGCUGUAUCCCAUGUAUUAGAGCUCUUAUGACUCGCUUGAUUGACCGUGCUAUUUCACCCCCACAUCCUGAAGAUGCUGUGCAAAAUUUCCCGCUGCUAGCGGUUAAUGGUGAUGCUAAUGAUGCUGAUGAUGAAAAUGAAGGCUACCCCGAUCUCAGUUUCUUCCCCUUUGAUGAGUGAUGUGUGAAGGAUGUUUUAUGUUUUAUUUUGUUUUAUCGUAGUUUGUUCUAAAGAACAAAAGGGGGGAAUGUGGAAUCUUAUAUUCUUUAUACUUUUAUGUUUGCUCAUUAACUGAUCCAAUGCAUUACACAUAGCAUUACACAUAUCACGUAUACAUGCACCGUGUCCUUAUAUGACCACUGCAACACACGAACCUUGCACGAUACUCACCUCACCACAGGAGUUUUAUCUCACGUACACAGACUCAACAACAGCUCCUUAUAAGGACUAUUUUUUUUAAAACUCUCAAGGACAAGUUACUGCUACAUUCACAUAUUUAGACACUGACCACAAGGUACUGACACAGAUAAAGCUGCACCUUUUUCUUUGAUCCUCCUCUGUAAGUUUCGAUCACACUAUAAAAGAUUGUACGCCCCAAGAGCGGGCAGAGAACUUACUUUGUGUAUCCUGUACGCAUAGCUGAACUUCUCUCCAUGCUGCAUGUAAUAAACUGGGUGACUUAGCAACUCAA